UGGCUAAACAAUGAAAAUAUUCGAAAGCACGUGCGCUCGCUGCGUUCUAUAGGCCAUGAGAUAACUUUAUUGAGGAAGUCAACUUCAGGUGCGGGAUUCUCGCGAAGGAGCCAAAUCAAUCAAAAUGGAAUCGCGGAACAUUCUGAAGCCGAGAUUCGUCGACGUGCAGUUCGAUACGAGUAAACUGAAAGCAAGGGAUCCACCAGACAGCGAAUUCGACUCUGAUCUAGACGAGGAUAUCACCUCAGGCAACGAGAUCAUCGUCGACCGGAGCAAGCCCGCGGAAACAUUCUUCGUCAUCGAUAACCGAGGCGAUGACUCCGAUAUGCAAAUACAGGUUCCGACCUUGGACACCGAAUUGAAAACAGCGCUCUCGGACGUGAGACCUUCCUUGUACAUAUCCUCGGACGUUUCCGCGAUCAAAGAGAAGAUGCGCGAAAUCAACAAGCACUGGGCCGAGGACAUCCUUUUGCAUAGGAGUAUUCUGAAGGACGACUCCGAGAAACAGAAGACUGUCGAGUUGAAGGGUGGGAAGAAACUACAGAAACGUCUCCGUAAAGCAGAGCGUGAGAAGACGGCCGGCGAUGAUUGGUACAACAUGACGAAACCAGAGCUCACCGACGAGAUGAAGAAGGAUCUCGAACUGCUGAAAAUGCGAAAAGUUCUCGACACGAAAACGUUCUACAAGAAAAACGACAUCCAAGAAUUGCCGAAAUACUUCGAGGUCGGAACCGUGGUUGACAACGCGACAGACUUCUACUCGGAUCGAAUACCGAAGAGACAGAGGAAGCAGACUCUGGUCGACGAGCUGUUGGCAGACGAGCACUUCAAGAAGACCAACAAGAAGAAAUAUCGCGAGGCACUCGAACGUCAGCAGUACACUUCGAAGAAAGCCUACGUUCAGCUCAAGAGGAUGCAGAAGAAAGAAGAAGCGAAGCAGAAGAAGAAGAAACAGCUUUCUUAGGUAACCGAAUGUAAAUAAAUCUCGUGAUCUUCA